AUGUGCUCCCAUUUCCCCGUUGUGCCGGCAGUGAAGGUGCUGCUGCAGCUGAAGGAGGCGUGGGGGAUUUGGGCGAGCAACAGCAACGCCACCACUGUGUGCGCUGCAUGGGAUGGCGUCACCUGCAGCCCCAAAGGGCUAGUCGUUGCCCUGCUCAUUUCCCUGCUCAUUGCCGCCCUUCACUACCCUCGGUGUCCGUUGCCCUAA